AAAAGGUGAAAAAGACGAUUCUCCCUUCAAAACCCAAACCAGUUUCUUAAAGAAAACCCAUCCCACCAAACCCCAUUAAACCUAAUACAUAUUUCCAGCUCCUUUCCUUUCUCCUUCUCUCUCUCUCUGUCUCUAUAUCACCACUGCUAUCUUCCCUCACUAUUCACGCUUUCGUCAUAUCAUGUGGCAACCUCGCCGGAAAACGCCUUCCUUUCUCUCAGACUCUGCACCGAUGAAGUACAGCGGGAGUGGCCGGAAAAGCAACAACCUCUCCAUCUUUGUCGUUGUCUUCUCCAUCUUUCUCUUCRCGGGUUUCAUGUACAAUGAGGACGUCAAAUCGAUCGCAGAGUUUCCGUUCUCGAGGCCCAAAACCCAGGAACUCGAGCAAAACCACCCGCACUUAGACAAAACGGUCRAAGAAACCGGCAAGAGCCACAACCAGAGGUCAAUUUCUAUGACUUCAAGGACUAGUAAGCAAGCGGUGGUGGAUAAUCCUGAAGAAUCUGCAGAAGCCAUUAACCUGAAGAUGAUCAUAACGAAGGAAAACGAUCAAGAAACAGAAUUGCCUGAUGCUAAAGAAGAAGAAGAGGUGAUUGAUGUGCCUCCAGAAGACUGCGAUCUCUUUACGGGUGAGUGGGUUUUCGACAACGUCUCUCAUCCCCUCUACAAAGAAGAUGAAUGUGAGUUCCUCACUGCACAGGUAACGUGCAUGAGGAAUGGUAGAGAGGAUUCUCUAUACCAGAAUUGGAGAUGGCAACCCAGAGAUUGUUCUUUGCCCAAAUUUAGUGCAAGAUUGUUGCUUGAGAAGCUCAGAGGAAAGCGACUUAUGUUCGUUGGCGACUCGUUGAAUCGAAACCAGUGGGAAUCCAUGGUUUGUCUGGUUCAAUCCGUCAUCCCUCCUGGCAAGAAGAGCUUGAACAAGUUUGGUUCGCUUUCUGUUUUCAGAGCUGAGGAAUAUGGAACUACUGUGGAGUUCUACUGGGCCCCAUUUUUGGUCCAAUCGAACUCGGAUGAUCCAACCAUGCACAGCAUUUUGGACCGGAUCAUCAUGCCCGAGUCAAUCUCCAAGCACGGAGAGAAUUGGAAAGAGGUAGAUUAUUUGAUUUUCAAUACAUACAUAUGGUGGAUGAACACCCUCCAGAUGAAAGUUCUGCGAGGGUCAUUCGACGAGGGGGACACGGAAUAUGAUGAGAUCGAACGGCCAAUAGCCUACGAGAGGGUCUUAAGAACAUGGGCCAAGUGGGUAGAUGAAAAUGUGGAUCCGAGACGUACCGCAGUUUUCUUCAGCAGCAUGUCUCCUCUUCAUAUCAAGAGCACGGACUGGGACAAUCCGAAUGGGAUCAAGUGUGCAAAAGAGACCACCCCGGUGUUGAACAGAACGAGUCGUUUGGAAGUGGGGACGGAUCGGCGGCUCUUUGGGGCGGGGAGGAACGUGUUUGAAUCGAUGAAGGUGCCAGUCUACUUUCUCAACAUAACAACCCUAUCCGAGUACCGGAAGGACGCACACACCUCAGUCUACACCAUUCGUCAAGGCAAGAUGCUUACACCGGAGCAAAAGGCCGACCCCGCCACAUUCGCUGAUUGUAUCCACUGGUGCCUACCGGGCUUGCCCGACACAUGGAACGAGUUCCUCUACACUCGUAUCAUCUCUCGCUCCUCCUCAUCCUGAGUCCUGACGCACCACAUGAUUCACCCAUCAUCGAUCCCUAGCUCUAUUUGUAAUUCAAAUCGAUCCUCCCUCAUUUUUCUUCUUCUUUCUUUCCUUGUUUCUUUGAAUUCUUGAUCACUAGGUUUCAGAAGCUUUUGUUUAAUUUCUCUAGUCAGCCUGAUUGGCUGAAAUAUGAUAGGCAGCCAAGAAGGUGUGCUAUGUUUCAGGCAAGUCGCGAAUCAUGGACCCCUUGAAACUGGUCAUCGCAAUUUGCCUGCCUCAAAAAAUGUAUAAUGGACAUUCCACAGAAAAGAAAUAAAAAAAAAAUC